AUGGAGGACAUAAGGUUCCUCAAUGAAAUACCAAAUUUCCAAAGUGGAGGAUACUUGAAUCUCCCUCAGAGAAAUCCCAUUGAUAUUAUGGGAUCAGAUCAGAGUCAAAUGGUCUUUACUACUUGCCGAGACAUAAUAAAACCUCUGAAUUUUGUUUUACCAGAUGAAGUCUCAUGCAUAUCAGCAGAAAAUGGGUACUACAAAAAAAUUGGCAUGAACAAGAAUAGAGCAUUGCCAAUAACUAAAAAACCCCAAAAAGGUUGUAAGAAAUCUAAUGUUGUUAAGGGUCAAUGGACAGUUGAAGAAGACAGGCAUUUGAUUCAACUGGUUAAGCAAUAUGGAGUGAGAAAAUGGUCUUAUAUUGCUCAAAUGUUGCCUGGGAGGAUAGGAAAGCAAUGCCGAGAGAGAUGGCAUAACCAUCUUAGACCAGACAUCAAGAAGGAUACAUGGAGUGAAGAGGAAGAUAAGGUACUAAUUCAGGCACAUGCAGAGAUUGGAAAUAAAUGGGCAGAGAUUGCAAAGAGGUUGCCAGGGAGAACUGAAAACUCCAUCAAGAACCAUUGGAAUGCAACCAAAAGAAGGCAAUACUCGAAACGAAAAUGUCGUUCAAAGUACCCUAGAGGCUCUCUUCUACAAGAAUACAUCAAGGGCUUGAACUUGGACCCAUCAAACAUGGUGCAAAACAGAAGAAAAACUUCUUCUAGUAAUGCCACAGCCAAUAACACCACCACUAAAACACCAACUCAGCUGCCCCAGUACACUGAUCAGUUUUGCCCUAAUGCUCGGUUGUUUCCAAACUAUGAUUUCAAUGAGGUUCCAAACUUUUGUUUCGACGAAAACAUGUUUCAGGAGAGCUGUAGUAUCGAUUCUCUUCUUGAUGACAUGCAUUGUGCUCCAGUAGUUGUGGAUGAGAAUGAUUUUGACAUGGAUAUUCCAGUUGAUAUGACUCCAGUGGUAGAUUGUGGUGUGAAGAAGGAGCUGGAUUUGGUGGAGAUGAUGUCUCAAUUUAACGAAGCCAAAUGUGUAAGCCCUUAGAAGCCAGUAUAUGCAAUAUACUUCAAUUACAAAAAUAAAUUUACUAUUUUGGCCUUCAUAGUAAGGGGGUUUUAAGCAAAUUUAGAG